AUGUCUUCCUCUUCAAAAGCGUCCUCCUCGUCUGAAAACUCACUGAACGAAACUGCCUGGGAGGAGGGCAUGGUGACUCCACAACAACUGUCAGUAGCCGAUUCUACCGUUUCACAAAUCGACCCUGUUUCGAUCUUCUAUAAUGCAACGUCUGCAACAACAGCAGCAAACGCAACCCAUUCCCUUGAUGCCAAAAAUGAUAUUUCAUCGGAAUUAGAUGCUUCUGUUGUGUCAUCAAACGAUAGAACUUCUAAUAAAUCAGCGUCAUAUAUUACAACCCCACGUACAAUACAGCCUGUAAUGUUGACGACUAUGAAUACUGUUUCUUCACCUGUUUCUGAAAAUGCUACGUCAUCCGACACCCCUCAGUCUCCUGAAGAAAGUAGUAACGGUAAAAAGAAACAAAAUGGUGGAAGAAAGAGAAAAGCCGAAAGCUUAGAGGAAAAAGAAGCGCGUGCUCGAGAGAGAGUUUUGCGAAAUCGACAUGCCGCUCAGAUGUCUCGUGAUAAAAAGCGACGACAAUUAGCUGAUUUGGAGUCUCAAAAUGCAUUAUUAAAAGAAGAUAAUAUUCAUCUUUCGAAACGUAUAAAACUUGUUGAAGAAGAAAAUGCCGCAUUAUCUAUCAAACUGGAAACGAUAUCGGCCCAACUCGCAGAAAUACAAUCACAUCUAGCCGUAUCCGAGGUGACAAAACUCCUACUUGACGGUGUUCGCGGAUCAGCAGCAUCCGCGACCUUGGAAAAAAAUACUCUUGCGCUGAACGAUGAAGUCCCAGCAGCGGCACGUCAAGUUGAGGAACCUUUACGGGACGUCGACAUUGCCAAUUCUUUCCUGUCCGAUUUGGAUGUUUCCGCCUCAAAUACUGAAUCAACUGUUGCUGACCUUCUCGAUAGUUUUCUGGACUACGACUGGUCAGCCGAGAGACGAUGGUUGAGAUCCGUAAAGGUUAAGCGUGGUCGCGGUGCUUCUAACUUGAAGCUCGUACCUCGCGAUUGGAGAAAAUAUCCACCAUAA